AUUUUAUUUAUAGCUGUAAAUAAAUAUAGCACAUAAAUUUUUGUCCAUAUCAUCUAAGCAUGGAUCUUGUUGAAGAAAUUAAAGCCGUAUCACAAAAGGCAGAGCAUAUAAAGGCAACCAUAUAUCAGGUUAUUCACAAAGAAUAUAGGGAUGUGUUUCCAAGUAAAACGCAACAAGAUUUGUUGCGGGUAAUGCGACCUCUAUUAAAAGACAUUGAUGAUCUUAAACUCAAGUUUCAGAAUGAAGUUAUUACUGCUGAUUUGGCAUCUUUUAAACAUAAAGAGUUAUUGCAAGAGUACAAUACCAUUGAAAUUGUUACAAACCUUCUUCAGGUUCUUUGUAAGUGUCACAAAGAAUUAUCUUUGAGUAAGAAUGUUCAAUCUAAUGAUUUUGUGGCAGCUGCUUUCCAUCUUAGUAUUGUAAAGUCUGAACUUGCAUCAUUUGAUGUUAAAAACUGUGAGAUAAAGAUUUUUAAAGCCUUAAGGAAUGAGUUUGUCAAUCAACAGACAAAGCUUUGUAUCCAUCUAGAAGAAGCAUGGGGGAAUUUAGUUUCUUGGACAUUUUCUUCUAAUGCAUCUUGGGAUUCCAUUAAUGGUCAUUUAAAAACAUCACUUAAAAUUAACUUGCGUUCCAAUGGAAGCAAUAUAAAUGUGGCAGACCUGAUUAAAGCAAUGCAAAUGGUUCAGGAUUUUAAAACUAAAAUAAAAUCGUUCAGUCAAAAACUGUAUACGUAUCUGUUUAAGCCUUUGGUCUCGUUUUCAGCUCUUGUUCCUGUGUGUGAACGCUCUGUUGAGAAUGGCUAUCAUGUUCUAAAAAUUACAAAAAAUGUUUUGAAAAGUACAAAAGCCAUUAAGCAGGCUGAAGUAUUUAAAAAGAUUAUUGAUGUUGUGAGAUUUGUUCGUGAGUCUUUGUUUUCUGAGUAUAAUAAAAUAAAAGAAGAAAAUGAAGAAGAUCCAAUGAUACUUAUAGGCUCUUUCAUAUGGAAAGAUCUUUCCGAAGUUCUAAUUGCAGAGCACCUAGCAACAGCACUACCAAACACUAAUAGCAUUAUUGACAAGAUGGAUACAGCUUAUAUUCAAGACACUAUUACAUUUGAACUUGAUCUUAUAAAAGAAGGUUUUAUCUUGCCUGGUUCGUCAAUCCUAACAAAUUAUGUAAAGGAUAUCAAUGUUCAUUUUGCAAAUAAAAUGUGUCAAGAUAUAUUGUCAGAAGCACGGGAUUUAAUGCUAAUUGACAUUCAUAAUAUGAUUCAAGUAUCACCAAGCUGUGAUCGAGCUGCCAUCUCUAUAUCUGAAAAUGAACAGCUGGAUAAAAAAAUAAAGAAUAUGCUAUUAGGUCUCGAUUCGAUACAAGAUGAAUUUUUAAGUGUUGAUGUGUUUGCGUUUCCUGUUUGUUACAUAAGCGAAAGUGUACAGAAGCUUGUUGAUUUUAUUUAUGCGCAGAUGGUUAAAGCAACUGAAUCACAAUAUUCUAUCGCUUCAAAAAUUUUCUACUCUUGCCGCGAUAUUUUUGAAUUAUAUGUCAAUGUUGUUCCUAUCUAUCAUAAAGAAAGUUUGAAACUUCCUCAAUUGGCCGCUCUACACUACAACAACUGUAUGUAUCUUUCCCAUCAUUGCAUCACACUUGGACAUCAAUUCAGAAGUAGUUUGCCUGGACAUCUACAAAGCGCUCUUACAACGUUCAUCGAUUAUGUUCCAGUUUUGAGGAGGUGUGGGACCAGAUGUUUUACAGAACAAAUUAGAAGUCAGCAGCAGGAUUUAAUGACAGCAUUAGACGCAUGUAACAGUUUUGUUAACUGUGUUUCUAAUGGAAGUGUUGAGACUAUACAAAGAGCUAUUAAUCAGGUGCUGCAUGUGCUCACAAGACUUUCGAAAGUAUGGUACGGUGUCCUUCCCAUUACUUUUUUCAAAAAGACUCUAGCAAUUUUGUUUGACUCUGUUCUUGAAAAUAUUAUAUCUUCUGUUUUGAAACUUGAGGAUAUUUCGGCAGAAGAAGCUGGGCAGUUGCACUCGUUACUAGGUUCUUUACUGGAAAGAUCAAGUAUUAUUACCCAGCAAUGCUCUGAUGAGUUUGUUGGUAUUAAAGAACACGUACGGUGUUGGGAUAAAUUUAACAUGCUUAUUCAGAUGUUGGAAGCUAGCCUGCAAACGAUUGUUGCAAUGUGGGAUAACGGGGAGGGCGAGUUAGCAAAAUGCAUGAACGAUGGGGAAGUACGGACAUUAGUCAGAGCACUUUUUCAAAAUACAGAUCGGCGAUCACAAGCACUCGCGAAGAUUCAACAAAAAUUAGAGGCUUUUCUCCUUUAAAGCAACAGAACCUCCACAAAGGCAUGGCAUCGUAGUUGCUUGUAGUUGAACACCACGGCAAUGAGCGGGAUUUUUUUAUACAGUGCCAGUAACUUGCACCUUCGUAGACAAAUGGAAAAACACAGUUUUCUUUCGAAUUUCCUCCAAAUGUUUCUACCUUGCCUUCAGACAUAAGCUCCAGAGAGUCAGUUGUUGAAUUAUUAUUCAGGAUAUUUUUGAUACUUGUAAUCGUUUUUAUAUCUUUAAUGAAACUUAAUUGUUUCA